AUGAUGCUGGGAAACAUGAGCUCUAGUGUCCUUUCGCAGCUGGAUCGCUUGAAGGAAAGUUUCCUCUGGGCUGCGGCGAAAGGUGGGCGUGUAGAGGAGUGCGAGUCUCUUUUGGAGAUGGGGACAGAUAUAAACUGGGUGAGUCCGGAAGGAGACACUCCGCUCUUAGCAGCCUGUCGCAACGGGCACCUUCAAACCGCCCUGUGUCUGCUCAGUCACGGCGCCUCGGCAAACCAGGUGGACAAGGACGGGCGAACUGCCCUCCACGUCUCUUGCCGAUAUGGCAAGGAAGCGGUUGCGGAGGCAUUGAUCCUGAGGGGAGCCGAUGUAUCCGCCAGGGACCACGGCGGUGCGACGGCAUUCGAGAGUCAAGGGCCGCACGUCCCAGAUGGUAUGCUUCAACGCCUCGACACCAUCGCCCAGCGCAGCGGUAGGCGAACCCACCACCACCUCGGCAUAAGCACUGCAGCUAUCAACACCAGCACAUUCACCACCUCUUCUGGCAGGAGUGCUCAAGAUGGCGGUGGAUCAAUGUCAAGCAGGCGCAGCAACACCGUACUUGAUAGUGACACGCUCAGUGCUCGCGCCACCGGCGGGGGGGUGCCAGAAAACAAUAUCGGUGACGGCAGGUCGGGAUGGCGCUGGCGGAGUAACACCGGUAGGAUCGAGCACCACGUUCCCCUUACGGACGACGCCCAUGAUGGUGCCGCUGGUGUUGGCCCGGCAGCGAUUUCGACGGGCGACGGUGGCAGAGAUGAUGCCCAGAGGGAGGAGAGAGGGGGAGUGGAGGGAAGGACGACGUUUCCAUCCAUUUCACGCAAAGCCGGGUCCACCAGUGCCGACAGCAGGCCAUCGUCGAGGGUCCACAGCGCCGGUCGGGCAGCGUCCUCCAGCGGCGACGGAGUCCGUUCCAGUGACGACGAACACGAUGAGUUCACGGUAUUUGGCUGA